AAGGGGGGACCGCAUGAUUUAGGAAACCAUACAGUUACAAAGGUUAUUUGCGAAGAUUUCUAAGGCUGCGGCAAACAUAGGAUGGUGCUGGUUCGUUUCGCUGGCGAACCAGCUUCGCCUCUUCUCCAGCGACCGGGACGCCGCGUUCCCCGCUGCUGCACGGAAAGGGAACCCGGACGUGCCAACGCGGAGGCGGAAAUAUUUGUUUCCAUGUCUUCUAUCCCUCCCUUUCCUGGUUACGCAAACACAGCGCGGGCGGGAGAGUCCGGACUCGCUUGCGGGAUACAGCAGAGCUGCGGAGCGAGCACGCAAAACGCCUCCCUUUUUCCUGCUGCGGGGAAAACACUUAAGCAGUACUGACUUCAGUAUGGACCGAUAUGAAGAUGUAUCUGAUUGUGAAGUGGAUCACUCUUUCUUUGAUAGUGAUUUUGAAGAAGAGAUGAAGAAAGACAAAGCAACAACACAAAUAAAUAAAAUGGAAAGUUCUGGGCCUGCACAAAUAAAAGAUUCAGUUACAGAUGAUUGUCAUUUGAAACAGGAAGCCAAAGCAAUGGAGGAUAACGCUAUUGAGGAAGAAAAGCAAGCUAAGCAGGCAGAAUCUCAAAAGGAACACAUGUUAGGAAAUGGUGCUCAUAAUUCAAAUAAUGCUCUUUCUUUGUUAGCUUCUUUAAAUCUGGAGGAUCCAGUUGAUCACAGCACAGCACAAAAUGAACAAACACUUCAUGAAAACAUUCCCGUGCAAAUUCCCCUAAGAGAGAAAGAAUGUGAAGAAAAUUACUACACAGAUGAAGAAGACAGUAGUGAUGAUAGCAGAAAUCAGAGAGUGAGACAUAAGUUCUCUAAACAGCCUAAUGGUACGAAAGUUAAUAGGAAUGUUAGUUCUUCCUCAUCCUCUUCCUCAUCUUCUAGUUCUGAUACAGAUUAUUCAGAUACAGGAUCUGAUGGUUGCCUGUCAGACUCAUCAUGUUCUUCAGAAAAGAAAAACAUAAGAUCACCACUUCUUUCAUCAGGACAACAGUCAAGACAAGGAAUAAAGUCAGUGGAAGAAAAAUCAAAAUUGGGUGACCACACAGAAGAGUCUGAAGAUACAGUUACUGAUGUAACUCCUCUUUCAACCCCAGAUAUUAGUCCCAUCCAAUCUUUUGAAGUGGCAGCAUCCAAUGAUAAUAAAUUGAAGGUUAAAAGACAACAAAAUGUGAGCCAGGAGUUAUACGAACCUGAGGUAGAUCACAAAUGUCUUCAAAAGGUACUACAUGAAGCUAUGGACUUGAAUAACCUUUUGAAAGCUUUUCUGCAGUUGGAGAAAAAGGAUCAACAAGAACUAGCGUUGAAUCAGUCUUCCGUAGGAUCAAGGAAAAACUACUCAUUCACAAAUGACGAAGUACGACAAAUUGAUCGGGAAAACCAAAGGCUCUUAAAAGAAUUGACAAAGCAUUCUACAAAACCCAGAAACAAAAGUGCCUCAGUGAAGAAACCUUCAGGCUCAGCACCUAAAAUGUACCACAGUGCCAUCAACAGGCAGAAGGAACAGCAGAGGAUCGACAGAGAGAAUCUGGCUUUUUUGAAAAGACUUGAAGCAGUGAAACCAACAACUGGCAUGAAGCGCUCAGAACAGCUCACUGACUACCAGCGGCAGAUGGGCUACUUUCGCACUGCUGGAACUCCGAGGCGAGGAAAGUCUGCCUUGAAUCAUCAGAGUCCAUCUAGAGGUACAUCCCGAACUUCCAGUCAUAGUGCAUCCAGUACUAUAAAUCGAAGGAGUGAAAAACCAGUUUUUGAUAAAUGGUGCACUGCAACAGUUGAACCCCAGUAACAUUCAUGGCGCCUGGUUAUAAAUAAUUUGCACUUCGCUAUCAGAUUUCUAAUCUCUGGUGGUUUGGGGAUUACUGUAAUUCUGUGCAGGACUGUUGUAAUAUUGAAUAAUUAAAGGAUACUGGAAAGUAGUAUUAACUAUAAAUGGAUACAAUCUUGAUUCUUUUUUUUCCAUCUUUCUAAUGUGUGCUGGACGGUAUCUUUAUAGUCAGUAUUUCUUAAAACAAUACUUGUAUUAAAAAGUGGCAACAUUGCAAACCUUAUUUUCUCAAAGUCAAAUGAAAUUGAGGUUUGAAAAGUAUGGGUUAGGGUAGACCAGAAAUGUAAACAAUAUAAUAAAAUUUCAUUUGUUUUUAGUCUUAAAUUUUUAAUUCCUUACCAUGAAAUUUAAGGUAAUUUCAUUAUUGCAAACUUUUAAUUUCAUAAUUUAUAAGAUCUAAUAAAAGUUAGAUGGAGAGAACAUAUACAACUUGGCCUUGGUGCUGUCAGUUACAACAUGGAAAUCAUAAACUGAGUCUUUUCAGAUCAGUUCUCCAAUUUUAGAAAUGUGGAUUUAGAUAAGCAUUUAAAUAAAUGUAAAAAGUAUUGUCUAUUAUCUAGAAUUCUAAAGAACUUGUACUGUAAUGUGUUAACAAUUUUGGUCUGUGAUAUAUUUGCACAAUUAUAUUUAUUAAAUUAUUCUCUAAAAAUUUGUUUCUUGAAGUAAAAAUGAACAGAAAUCUUGUGGGUGCACUUCUUAAAUCUUGGCACUUUGGAAUCUCCAUAAGCAUAUUUUUCUUUGUCAAAAACUACGAAGUGUGAUUAGUUAUGAAGGUAUGAAAAUUGUACAUCUGUCAUUUAAAAAUUAAGUAAAAUAUUUAAUUGAAUUAC